ACAGAGCUGAGCAUUUAUUCCUGAAUCAUCACAAAAACAUGAGCUACAAAGAGAGGCAAGGUGCACCGGCUAUUCAUCCCUUCCCGGAGUGAAGCAUACAUUAUAUUUCACAGAAGCAGAGCCUUGCUAUUGUCAGGCUGCCACUAGAUUGGGAUGUGCUUUCUCGCAUCUUAAAUUGCAGUGUGAGUAGUGAGGAGAUCAUGUGAGCUCAGAGUGUAUACUGUGCUGCCUGUGUAACAGAGCUGCCAGUGAUGCGAGGCCAGCAGUGAGCAGAGGAGUAUUCUAGCAGCUACUUUCCUCUUCUAAGCUGAUUUACUUGUAUGGAAUCUCACCUCCACACUUAGCACUAGCCUUGAAUCUGACUGAGGUGCCUGCAGUAUGCUACACAGGGACAAGUGCUAUUUACAUGCUAUUUUAGGAGACAGAGGUGACAGACAGAAAGGCUACCAAGAAAGUAAAAAAGGAUUUUGACCAGAUUGGAAAAACAUCAGCGUUCUUUUACCUCUCUCUUUUUUUUUUUCAUUCUUACUCUAUACAUACAAGAUUCACCUUAUUUUUGUAGAAGCAUGUCAGUAUCUGGGAAAAAAGAGUUUGAUGUGAAGCAGAUCCUAAGGCUGCGUUGGAGGUGGUUCAGUCACCCCUCUCAGGGCUCUGCAGGCUCCGGUGGCUGCCUGCAGCAGGAAGGAUAUGAGCACAGGGGGACACCGGUUCACAAUAGGUUGAAAAGCCACUCACGGGACAGGAAUGGACUAAAGAAAAACAGCAGCCCUGUCCAUAACAUACUAGCACCAGUGCCAGGUCCAACCCCUGCAUACCAUCGAUCCAUGCAAUCCUGGCAGCAGCAAAACCUCAUUGAAAAUCUUCAGGCAAGUGAGGAUAUUCCAAAGCCUGGCAUUGAGGAGAAAUUGAUGAAGGACGAAGAGAGCAAGGGUGCCGAGGAGGUGCAGGCAAUCCCCGAGGUGCACCCUGAGGCUGCCUCUGACAGGCUUCCCAUCACAAGCAGUUCUCCUAAUAGGAUGAACUCCAAUGGUUCAGAUGAAUAUUUUCAGUCUUUAAACCAUGCUGAACAGACUUUUCGCAAAAUGGAAAACUACCUCCAACAGAAGCAGCUAUGUGAUGUUCUACUAAUUGCCGGAAACCUCAAAAUUCCAGCACACAGGUUGGUCUUAAGCGCAGUGUCAGAUUACUUCUCUGCAAUGUUCACAAAUGAUGUUCGGGAAGCAAAAGAAGAAGAGAUAAAAAUUGAAGGUGUGGACCCAGAUGCAUUAAAGGCUCUUGUACAUUAUGCCUAUACAGGGGUUUUAGAACUUAAAGAAGACACCAUUGAGUGUUUGCUAGCUGCAGCCUGUCUCCUCCAGCUAUCCCAAGUUAUUGAUGUUUGCUGCAAUUUCCUGAUGAAGCAGCUUCAUCCUUCCAACUGUUUAGGGAUUCGGUCAUUUGGAGAUGCACAAGGUUGUGUAGAGCUUUUGAGAGUGGCACACAGCUACACAAUGGAACAUUUUAUCGAAGUUAUACGGAAUCAAGAGUUUCUCCUGUUGCCAGCAAGUGAAAUAGCAAAGCUGCUCUCUAGUGAUGACAUCAAUGUUCCUGAUGAAGAAACAAUAUUUCAAGCUUUAAUGCAGUGGGUCAAACAUGACAUUCAAUCUCGACAAAGAGAUCUGGGAAUGUUGCUUUCCUUCAUUAGGUUACCAUUACUUCCUCCACAGUUGCUUGCAGAUCUUGAAAACAGUCCAAUGUUUGCAAAUGACUUGGAAUGUCAGAAAUUUCUUAUGGAAGCAAUGAAGUAUCACCUUUUACCAGAGAGGAGAUCAAUGAUGCAGAGUCCUAGGACUAAACCCAGAAAGUCGACUGUGGGAGCGCUCUAUGCUGUAGGAGGAAUGGAUGCUACAAAAGGUGCUACUACAAUUGAAAAAUAUGAUCUGCGGACAAACAGCUGGAUACAAAUUAGUACAAUGAAUGGAAGACGUCUUCAAUUUGGAGUUGCAGUUAUUGAUAAUAAGCUAUAUGUUGUUGGUGGAAGAGAUGGAUUAAAAACUUCAAACACGGUGGAAUGUUUUAACCCAGUAACCAAAAUGUGGUCCAUAAUGCCCCCUAUGUCAACUCACAGGCAUGGCUUGGGAGUUGCAGUUUUGGAAGGGCCAAUGUAUGCAGUUGGUGGACAUGAUGGAUGGAGCUACCUGAACACUGUAGAAAGAUGGGACCCCCAAGCACGACAGUGGAAUUAUGUUGCCAGUAUGUCAACUCCUAGAAGCACAGUAGGGGUGGCAGCACUAAAUAGCAAAUUAUAUGCUGUGGGAGGAAGAGAUGGCAGCUCUUGCUUAAAGUCAAUGGAAUGUUUUGAUCCCCACACAAACAAAUGGAGUAUGUGCUCUCCUAUGUCAAAAAGAAGAGGAGGAGUUGGAGUAGCAACAUACAAUGGGUUUCUCUAUGCAGUUGGAGGCCAUGAUGCCCCAGCUUCAAAUCAUUGCUCUAGACUAUCUGAUUGUGUUGAAAGGUACGAUCCCAAAACUGAUAACUGGACAAUGGUGGCCCCAUUGAGCAUACCUAGAGAUGCAGUUGGAGUUUGUCCUCUAGGAGACAGGCUGUAUGCUGUGGGUGGAUAUGAUGGACAGUCGUACCUUAACAUUGUGGAAUCAUAUGAUGCACAAACCAAUGAAUGGACACAGGAUGUUUCACUUAAUAUCGGAAGAGCUGGGGCUUGUCUUGUAGUAAUAAAGUUACCAUGACAAGUUUUCUUUCCAAACAACACUGAAAUGGCACAAUGAGGGCACUGAACGAAUCACAGUCUGCACAAUUUAUCUUCUCUGUGAAAACUGGUUUUAAAAUGACUCUGGUAGUUGGAGAAUCAAAAAACGUUCACCUGCAGAAUUGUACAUAUGUAAUUUGUGUUGAUAUUUGUUAUAUAUGACCUGUGCCAAAACUACAAUUCCAAAAACUCCAUGUUUACAUAGUGAAAGUUUUGACACAGUAUGCAUUCUAGAUAAUACCAAAAUAUAGUCUUUGCAAAUAUAUUUAUGUACCAUCCUGAAAGAUAAUUAGUAUAAUAGGCUUAUAUUUUAAUAUAUUGCAUUCUGUUAUACAACUAGGACAACUUUUUUAUUAAGGAAAACAAAAAUUUAGAAAUGUGUAGAAACCUGGAGACAGUUCAAUUAAAAUGUGAUUUUUUACUUUCCUUUUACUUUGGCUUUUAUUUAACUUUACCAUUUGUUUUAUUAUUUGAUGUUUUUUUUUUAAAUACUAUUAUUUGCUAACAUUAAACAUCAUAGAUAUGUUUCUGAUUUGUGUGCUCAACAUUUAAGUACUAAAAGCAAUUACACUAAGGCACAAUAGAACAAAUGGUUGCAUUUCAAUGAACAAAUAGUCCACGCAUUUACAGUAGGUCUGCAUGUCAUCUCGUUUGUUUCUUUAUAUAUGUGCUGUAAACAUGCUUUGAGCCCUCAUGUCCUAUCCCUUAUGUAAAAAGCAAUGUUCAUUAACAAACAACGUAAUCAAAUGCCAGAACCAUUCUGCACUGAAUAUGAAACAUAAAAUUACCUUCUAUUCUAUUCUAAAUAACGUAAACAAAAAGUGCUCUCUCUGUGACCUAAACUUUGCCUGAUUGUGCUGGAAGGAGAGGAAGUUGGAAACUCAAAUUAUGAUAAAGUAAACAGUCCUAAAAUUGUAUUUCCUUUAUUUUAUGGUUUAGUCGGUAGAAUAAUGAACAUCCUCAUAAAACUUAAUAACAUUGCACAUUUCCUUUUGGAUAUAUUUAACUGGUUAAAUAAACAUUUGGGGAUAAAGUUAUAUUUUCUAAGGCAACUGGUAUUUGUGGGGAUUUGGAAGACUAAGAAAACAAGAUAGGAUAAUUACAAUAAAAAUAGUUAUGGGCUUACGGGCUUCUUUGCAGUGAAGUAUCAUUGCAACUAAUAAACCAAAUAAAACAGGAUCAGUAACUUUUAAUACCUUGUGAAUUCAAAGCAACAAGCAAUAAAGCAAGACAGUUUGUCAUAUUCCACUGAAAUGAGGAAUCCAAUCAGUAGAGAAUGAUGUGAUUGUGAAAUUGAUUACCUGAAAAAGGCUAUCAAGCUUCAAAUGUUCUGCAGUUUAUAUAACCAAGAUAGCAUUUAAAAUAAGAUGUAACAUUUUAAAGUAUUAAAUGAAAUGGAAUUUGACUCAUUAGCAUUAACAGUUAAAAACAGAAAUGUUGAAAAAAAAAAAUCUACAGAUGGAGCAUAUUUUCACUAGAUAUUUGGCUAAGAUUGCUCAACUUACAUCUCCUUUAACAUCUAUUCUACCCAUUCUAUUAAAAUUAAUUAUUUGAUUUGUUGUAUUUGGUGAGCACCUGAUGCGCAAUGUUAAAAUAAAGUGCUGAUGGUAAUGGGGUACAAUGCGGCAUGUGAAGUAAUUCACUAAUUCAGCUAUAGCUUUAACAGGAAUAACCGCCUCCUAUAUUUGCUCAAAGUCAUUAUAGAGAGCAACAGGAAACCAUGUUAAUAUUGGUCUUUGUUCAUAUGCAUUAUAAUUUCUAUAUAUUUAUUUGUGAAUAUUUUAUAAUGUUUGCAGUUCAGUUUACUGUUCCUUUAGACACCGAAUGCUCAUGAAAUAUAAUCAGUGUAAAGGCCACUGAUUACAGCAGUUUCAGCCAGUUAAAAGUGAAUGACUAAAGCUAUCUAACUGCAUUCCAGUAAACUACAACUUAUUGAAUUAUGUAAUUGCUUUUCAUUUGUGUAUUAGUACAAAUCAAUGGUGGGUUUUUGUAUUAAUUGCUGUAGUAUAUCACAUUGAUAUAUAAUGAUUUAUGACCUCAACUUUAGAGUGCCAAUAACCCACACCUCAAAAUGUACAUAAUGCAUUCAUAAACUGUACUGUGAAAUGGAAAUGAGCAUUAAAAUAGCAUGUUUACAUUUUUGCAAGCUUAAAAAUGUAAAAAUCGCAAAGUCAGACAGGCCAUUGAAACAUAUGAAAAAGCUUGCAGGGUUUACUAUCCACUGGCCAAUUACUAGCAACUGUAAUAUUUCUAAUAUAGGGAAAAGGAAUGAAGAAAAUGACUUGCUUCUACUUCUAGUUUUACACUGUAAUUUGGUCAUAAAAACAUACGCAGUCAAAGGAAAAUACUUUAAGGGGCACAAUUACUUAACAAAGUAUUUUUUUGGCUACUUUGACCAUCGAAUUGGCUAUUUCAACCUUC